GUUAUAUAUAUAUAUAUAUAUCAAGGUCACAAAACAAAACAAGAAGAGAAACAAUAGGAAAGAAAAUAAUUCUUGGUCAUGGCAGAAGAGUUUCAGACCGGAAUUUGCGGCGGGAACUGGUGGAGCUUGUCGAAAAAUAUGUUCAUGGGUGGCUCGUCACCUUGCUCUGCAGGUCAUGACUUAGGGAGUAGUACUUAUGGGUCAUGGCUAGUUUCUGAUAUGGUGGAUCAUUUGAAGCCUAGGUCGUCAAUCUCAUGCAAAGAUUCUACUAAUAUUAACACUAUUUUAGUCUCUGAUCAUAACUCUGUGGUUUUUCAAGAUUCACAUAAACCUCAACAGCAGAGUGAUUCUGAUCAUAGUGGUGGCAGUAGCAGUAUUUUGAUGGAUAAUUCCACUUUACAAAUGAUGAGCUUUGGUAUUUCUUCUUCUUCUUCUUCGUCGUCACCAUCCUCAGAUUGGAGCUGCCAAACCUUACUCCGAGGAAAUGGAAGAGGUGAAAGUUACAAUUCCAUGUUACAAGAAGAUAUGAAUACUUCAGGACUAAAUAAUACUUCCCAAAUCCAAAAAGAUUGGAGUCCAAAGAGCUUUACUAGUAUAGGAGAAGAUUCAACCAUUAAUGCUUAUAAAGCAACAAAUCAAGAUUUCUCUUUAGAUCAUCAGCAACAACAAAGGCUAAAUCAUCCUACAACUUGCCAGAACUUAUCUACAAGCUUUCCAAUGGGGUCAUCAUCAGCAUCUUAUGGUUACCCUGCAACAGUAAUACAAGGUUUAUAUGAGCCUGAUCCUCAGCCACAACCACAGCAGCAACAGCAACAGCAAUCUCUUUUCAGUGAAAGGACGAUGAACUAUGCUUCGCCGUCAAAUUACGGGACCAUAUUGAAUGAACUAUCCCCUUCUUGGUCUAAACUUGUUCCUUAUAUAAGAACCUCAUUGCCAAAGCAACAGCAGCAGCCUGCAGCAGGUGGUGGCUUGCACUUCUCUAAUAAUACACCCUUUUGGAAUCCCUCAGGCAGCGCAACUGCGUUAAACGAUAUUAAAGCCAGUUUUGUACAAUCUAAUAAUUCUCAGCCACAAUAUCUUAUGCCAACUUUUGAAGAGAAACCCAAUUGCCCCAACGUCACCUUAAAGCCUAACAAUGAACAAGUUCGAGACUCAGGAUCGGUGGUUAAAAAAGGAAGUGAACCAGCAAUCAAAAGGGCUAGAAUUGAAACACCAUCUCCACUACCAACCUUCAAGGUCCGGAAAGAGAAGUUAGGGGAUCGAAUAACUGCCCUUCAGCAAUUGGUUUCACCUUUUGGAAAAACCGAUACUGCAUCUGUUCUCCAUGAAGCCAUCGAAUACAUUAAGUUCCUUCACGAUCAAGUCAGUGUUCUAAGUACUCCUUAUAUGAAAAAUGGCAAUCCCAUUCAACAUCAACAGGCAGAAAAACUGAAGGAGACAGAAGGGUUAAAGCAAGAUUUAAAAAGCCGAGGGUUAUGUCUUGUGCCUAUCUCAAGCACAUUUCCUGUAGCUAACGAGACAACAGUUGAUUUCUGGACGCCAACUUUUGGUGGUACUUUCAGGUAGAGGGUUGAUUAAACUGAUAAGCUAAACAGUACCAACUGAUUUCUACAUAUCUAAUAUUGUAUCAAGCAAACCAAGAUGGGAAUGAUAACUUCAAUAGAAAAAGAAGAUUAGGAGCUGAACUGUUAUGCUAGCUGUACCAGUCUUGAGCAAAAAGCUAAAGAAAACAAAGAAAAAGAGGAAAAGAAAAUAAAAGAGAGGUGAAGAAAAAGGAAGUGACCACCCUUCAAAGAUGGACAGGCAAUGCUGGGCCAGCUACAAGCAGAAUGAUGUAGGCUAGCAAAUGAUUAGGGGACUCUUGAAGACAUAUAUAUUUAUAUUUAUACAGAUUUGAUAUCUGUAACCACCCAAGUAUUAUUCAUAGGUAAUGUAAAGCUGGGUUCUGGUUAUCAAGCACAGGAACAAGUGCUAAAUUUAGCAAAAAUUUAACUUGGAAAAAAAAAAAAGAAGAAGAAAGAAUUGUUGUUGAUUAAAAGCUGAAUUUAGCAGAAGGGGUUGAAUAUAAAGCCUUUUGUUCCUGUCGCAAA